CCGUGAGGAUUAAAUCGUGUCGCACAGUUACAUAUUUACAAUUGUGUGUGGAUCAAAAUUCGUCAACAGAGCCUAAUUAAGGUUCACAUCAAGUUAUCACUCUUGGAUGCCACAAUAAAUAGUAUUUAAGCGGAGCAUUUGCACAGUGAUGAAGUGAAAAAAAUUGUACAAGUUUUCUCUCAAGGUGUGGAGCAAAUAUUAUAUCUAUCUAAUCAAUAGGUUUGUCUUCUAUCGCCACAUGAUUAGAUAAGAAACACCGCGUUCAACAUUCUACUGCAUGAGAAUAUGAAAAGGAAAACUCCGCCACUUUCGUGUGACUUCUCCACAGGUGAAAAACUCGAAUAUAUUGCUCAACACGGAUUCAAUCGACUGUGUGGAAUUGACUUGGAUGAAGUUCAAAACCACAUAAUGUCCGCAUUCAUCUAAAAUAGUCAAAUAGGAGAGAAUUUGUGUGGGAUCUGCUGAACCAGUCCGCGGUGUUGUGUCCAUUGUGUGCUUUUCAUUUACGCUAGUGGCCAAAAAAGUGAGUGAUUUACGAACAAAAAAUAAAGUUCUUCGCACAGACGAUAAUAAUAAAAAAAAAACCAGUGGCAGAAAUACUAUGUACACAGAUGACUGAGAAAUCUAAUUGAGUCACAAUCGUAUUUGGUGAUUUUCUGGGAGAAUAAUAAUGCCAUUGAGAACAUAUUAGAGUCGCGCAUAGUGAUAAUUUAUAUUAAUAAUACAACAUGACAAAUUUCCUAUUGAUAAUUCUACUACUAAAUCAACUGUCGUGGAGUCUUUCGGCUGAGAAUGACACCGAAGAAGUGCUGCGCGGAAACAUCACGGUGGAAAGUGAAAUUUCUGUGACCCUGAACACAACUUCUUCUAGUCAGGAAAUUGGGCAAACCACUCCAAUGUCAGCAGAAGAAGCCCCAAAAGUCAACAUUGAGGCAAUGCUGGAAAAUAUUCCGCCAAAUUGUCACAAUCUAAAGCGCCUCCCAUCGCAACCACUCCUGACCGAAUCCUCGGCCAUAAGGAAGUGCUGUCCGAGGAAUGAAAAUCUCAUCCACAGCAACAGAAACAUGAAGGAGUGCCAGCCGACGGAGCACACUUUCCAGCCCACCAUUGUCAAUGCCACCUUCUACGAGGGAUGCAUCGAGGACGAGGAGACGGAGCACCUCCACUUGGCGCACGUGUACGGCAAUCCGUGUGCGCAGCGUGAGUCCUUCAUCUACAGCCGUCACGACGGCGAUCUGCUGUACGUGCUCCUCAACGGCUCGCUGCUGAUUGUGAAUGAGAAGUUCGAGUGGAUUGAGAUUCGCGACGAAUACUGCUUGGACACUGAUGACAAUGGCACACUGUCGGCAAUUGUCUGCCCAGAUGAGCUGGGCAGUUCCACACCCGAGGCCGCUGUCACGCACGCUCAGCUUGUCUUCCUUGCCAUUUGCAUGCUUAUCUCUAUACCAUGCCUCCUCGUCACAUCUUUCUUCUACCUCACCGUUGACGAUCUGCGAACGUUGCAUGGGAAGUCCCUCGCCUGCCAUUGCCUAUGCUUAGCCUUCCGCUUUCUGCUGAUCACAAUCAUUCAGCUGCACAUUGUGGUGGAGAAUCUCACCACAUUCUCCAAUUACUUCAUCGGCAUGAUCCAGUACUUCAUCCUGGCGGCCUUUUUCUGGCAAUUUGUCAUGUCAGUGGACAUUGUCAUUAAUGUCUGGUACUAUUUGCCGAAGAACAUCUCACCGAAAGGCACCUUGCGUGGCUGGAUUCACUUCUCCAUCUACUCCAGCCUCUCCAUGCUCCUGCCCAUCAUCUUCAUCUUCGCCGCCAUGUCAUCACAUGAGCCCGAGACGCCGUACUUCCUCAAGGGCGUCUCCUGGGACGCCCACUCCAACCAGAACUUCUACAUUCUGCCCGUCAUCGUGCUGCUGUGUCUCUGCUUCUGCUGCUUCAUCGGCGCCUACUACGGCUUCCAGCAGCUCAACGAGCUCAACAUCAUGGCGUGGCUGAUGAAGAUGAACCCUAUCAAGAAGCACGACAGCGAGACUCACACCACCAAGUUGUGCACGAAGGAAAUGGAAUAUGUUAAGCAAUCGGCGAAGGCCACAUUCUACAUGUAUUGCAUCCAGGCAAUAUGUUUCAUCUUCGAAAUCAUAUCCUUCUACGCGAAUGGCAACAAUAUCAUCCUGAUGUUCGACACCAUCAAUGCACUCCAAGGACUCCUAAUCCUCACAAUAUUCAUCUGUUUCCCUCACACCCUCAAAAUUAUCAAAAUGUGGUGGAAAGAUCGCGGAUCUCACGUCAUCUCGGAGUCAAGUGGUGCAGAAAGUAUUCCUUUGCGCGAUAUUAGGAAAGAACCAAAUGAUAAAAUCUAAUUUUUCUGAUUAAGAAUAUUUAAAGAAUAAAUUUAAUAGGCACAAAAUUAUUUAAGAAUCUAACUUUUGCUUUUCAUUUUAUGCUCAAUAAAAGGGAUGACAAAGAGUCAUUGUGAAGAAUUUGAAAA